UUAUAUUUAUACCUGUUAUCUCGUAUAUAUUUGACAAACUAACUAAAUAACUAAAAAUAAAUUCUUCCAAAUCACCCCUUAAAUGGUACUUCUUCGGUUUCUCCGAGAUUUCGGGGGGGGGGAGGAGGGAUAAAAGAAAAAGCAAUAUAACGGGUCCCGACGGAAAUGAGACACUUAAUCGGGCAGCAGCCUGGCACUCUUGAUCCGGGAUGUGGGAAAGUGCUUCAUUCCGUCUCUCCUUCGUUCCCCAGGGCGGAAGGUUCAGCCACCGGGCUCGCGUUGGCACAAUGCCCGGCAGUUCAGUAUAAAGGUUAUAGGCCGCCCGCUGGGGGGCUUUUGGAGUAAGGAAAGCCGCGGGCGCAUCUUGCCGAGAGGGCAGGAGGGCCCUCGCCUCUGCUAAGGCUGCUGCUCCCUCCCUGUUCCUCCUAUUUCCGUGCUCGGGGGACGCCUCGCUCGCGCGUUAAAGGAGGCGCUCCUGCCUCGCCGGUUUUGGAGUCGCAGCCCCGCUAACUGCUGCUGCUCCUCCUCCUCCUCCUCCUCCUCCAGCGGCGCGGAGCGCUUUCAACGCGGCUUUGCCUCCUUUCCUUCCACGCGACCAUGACGGCGAAACCCGGGAAAUUCUGGCACGAGGCGUCGCAGCAAAUCGUCGCGGGCGGCUCCGCAGGUCUUGUAGAAAUUUGCCUGAUGCAUCCCCUCGAUGUGGUGAAAACCAGGUUCCAAAUUCAAAGAGGAAAAUCUGAUCCCUCCGGGUACAAGAGCCUUGGAGACAGUUUUAAAACUAUAUUCCGGACGGAAGGAUUGUUUGGUUUCUACAAAGGUAUCCUCCCUCCAAUCUUGGCUGAAACACCCAAAAGAGCAGUAAAGUUCUUCACUUUUGAACAGUACAAAAAAAUACUUGGAAAUGUUUCUCUAUCACCAGCUUUGACGUUUGCAGUUGCCGGCUUGGGAUCCGGGCUAACAGAAGCAGUUGUGGUUAACCCUUUUGAAGUAGUCAAGGUUAGCCUCCAGGCGAAUCGGGAUGCUUUCAAAGAGCAACCAUCCACCUUUGCUAAAGCUCACCAAAUUAUUCAGGCCAAUGGGUGGGGUCUGCGUGGACUCAACAAAGGGCUGUCUGCUACUUUGGGACGUCAUGGAGUUUUUAAUAUGGUCUAUUUUGGAUUCUACUUCAAUGUGAAAAACAUCAUUCCUGCCAAUAAGGAUCCAACGUUGGAGUUUCUGAGAAAAUUUGCAAUUGGGCUAGCCUCAGGAACAAUAGCCUCAAUUAUUAACAUCCCUUUUGAUGUUGCAAAGAGUAGGAUUCAAGGACCACAACCUGUGCCUGGAGAAAUCAAGUACAGGACCUGUUUUAAAACGAUGGCAACAGUUUAUAAAGAAGAAGGAUUUCUAGCUUUGUACAAAGGCUUGGUUCCCAAGAUCAUGAGGCUAGGACCAGGUGGUGCAGUGAUGCUGCUGGUUUAUGAAUAUGUUUACGGGUGGCUUCAAGAAAACUGGUGACCAAAAGUACUAAUUUCAGACUGAAAAUAAUGUAGAACAAUUCCUAUCAAUUUUUUUAAAAAUAUGUGCAUCCCUAUUUAUAGGCUUAGAAAAGAAGGGAUAAUUGUACAAUGGUGGGAAAUGAAUGCCCUUGGUUAUUGAAGGCGAGUAGUAGUAAAUAUUCUUCAGGAAAAAAAGAUGAUAUAUUUCAACCCAGAUACCUAUCCCAUUAAGUAUUUUAAAAGAAUAUGUAUGUAUGUAUGUCAAGCAAAUUAAAAGUGUUAAUUUGAACUCUCUCUCCUUGGCUCAUUGAUUGAACAAAUCUGUUGUUGAAGAUGCCUGCCUAAAAACCAGAAGACUGUAAGUUCUAGUCUCACCUUAAGGCUAAAAACCAGCUAGGUGACGUUAUGCCAGUCACUCUCUCUCAACCAAUUCAUUUCAUAGGGUUAUUGUUAUGGAGAAAAAUAGGAAGAGAAAGGAGUAUUAGUAUAUUACUAGUAUAUUACUAACCCUGAGUUCUUUAUAAAAAUAAAAAGGCAGGGUAUAAAUAAAUAAACAUUAUAAAGUUGUUAUAAAUUGAGAUCUUAAUUUUAGAGUCCAGUCUUAUAUUUAGAUUCCUGAAUCUGGUGAGGAGGAGAGUUAAACUCAGAAUUGAGUACCACUAAAUUUAAUUGGAAUUGCUAUCAUGUUUGAUGAAGUGAACAACUCAUGAUAUCUGGGCUAUCAGAUCUGGGCUUCAAAAAUCCAGAUGACCACUAAAUAGCACCAAAUAGUUGGAUGGAGUUGUACUUCGAUCAAGUACCUGUAACUCUAUUACUGAUUGUAUUAUUAAGUAUGCCCUCCUUACAGAUGAUUGUGUUACAUGUUGCUUGGAGCUGCUAUUGAAAAUUACUCUAAAAAUUGAGCUGAUAAAAUAAAUUAAUGAUUCCCAUCCUUCUUG